AUGGGAAAGAUUGUGAUUUUGAUUACUGUGAUGGCAAUUUUGCUUCAAUUAACAGCGCUUACAUAUGCUAGAAAACACGAAGAUUUUCAAGCCAUUGAAUGGCAAAAGCUACCGUUCGAAGAUUUCAACGAGGACACGUCCGUAGUCGGAACUUGGAACGAAAAGGAAUAUGUAAUAAGGAUUCAGGUAUUGUCGCUGGAUCUGGAUAUGAAACUGAUUUUCCCUGAAGGCUCCAAAGAUUUGAACGAUCCACCCUUCGGAAACGAUCCACCGAACCUUGGAAAGAUUCUCAAGUGCAAAGAACUACCUGAGUACCCUGGGAACAUGACGUGCUCUGAGUACCAAGUAUUCAAACGGAAAGAACCAGGACUGAUCACGCGGGUGGCAACGAUGAUAAAAAAUACUUGGAGCUUUUUGUUCACAAAAAUGGCUAAAAUUUGGAAAAUCUGUUCUAACGGCGUUGGAACAACAGUUAACAACAUUUGGAACGCAAUGAAAUGGUUAUUGAAUUUCGCCGGUAAAAUUUGGAUAAAAAUGUUGGACUGGAUCGGUGGAAUUUGGAAAGGAUUGAUGGAAAGGGUCGGUAUAAUCUGGAAAGAACUGAAAGCAUUAGCGGAAUGGGUUUUUGUAACCAUGAUGUGGGUAGAUGAAUAUGUGUACGAAAGAAGUUUGUGGUUGAUUGAAUGGUAUUCGAACAAUACUAAACGGCUGACGGAGCUGACCUGGAACGGAAUGGAAUGGAUAAGGGAUCAAAUUGAAUGGUUGGUCGGUGUCUCAAAGGAAAAUGCAACAUGGUUAGUUGAGAACGCAUGGAGUGGAUCGAAUCGGUUGGCCGAGUGGGCAUGGAGAGAAGUGAAACGGCUAGCAGACUGGUCAUGGAAAGCAAUUAAAAGGAACUGUAAACCUCUUGAACCUGCGCUCGAAUACGUUUUGGAGACAGUUGAAGUUGCCAUCAAGUUUUACAAGCAAUAUGUACACAAACAUUUGCUGGGUAUUCAAACCCACAUUAAGAUCUCGACCUGGCGUGAAACUGGUUAUACGGUCUCAACUGUAUUGGCUAUGAACUUUGUUGUGUUCGCCGUUUACAAGUUGAUUUCGUGGCCUGUAAAGUCGAUCUGGCGAAGAUGGCAAGCUUACAAAGAAUGGAAAGAAGCUGAAGAGGCUUCAUGGAGAUUACCACCCAGACGUCAGCCUCAGUCAAACAAACGAGUCUGGGAGAACCCCAAAAAGAAAAAGCUAUACAGGAAGAAAAAUUGA